UAAUAAUGGAGAUGGUGCUUUUUCACAGUAGUAAUAUUAGUGGUUUUUUGUCUUUAUUGACCUGAAAGUAUAAGAUGUAGAGUCCUUCUGAAGACAUGAGACCGGGUUUUAUACCUUUAACCACACAUCAAAUAAAUCCUGAACUUUCAACAUUUGGCAGGCGAAAGUGAAUUUGUUUUUAUAAUGUAAACAGACUUUCAGAUCUUCUGUCGUGAUUCUGCAGACAAGAGACAAGUAAAAUGACAUGAGGAACAAUUUAGGAAAAUUUGUUAAACCAAACUAGGCGUUGGACAAUUGAAGAAUUAUUAAUAAACCUAUUUAGGAUUUUUAUUUCUAUACUUAGUGGACAGGACAUGCUGAUAACGUCAUUCUCGCGAGGGCAAAUAAACACAGUGGGUCAGAAGCACAGAUAACAAGCAAAGCUGUUUCAUGCGCACGUACACACACACACACAUACACAGCCAUGAUCCUGGUGGGUCAGAGUCUGUGCAUUCCCUCUCCAUCCACUGUUCAGGAAUUGUUCUCCGUGGCUCGAGAUGCCAACAUCAUACCUGAUAUUUCCUUGGAUCCGGUCCUCACCACCUUCCUCUCGCUGGACUCCUCUGCAGCUCUGCAGCAUCAGUAUGCUUUCUUACAGCGGAGCAUGAGCAGCGAGCAGCAGGAUAAAUUCAGCUUCAAUCUGACUGAAGAGCUGGGAGGCAGCAGUGUCACCUAUGGAGGGGUCGGGGUUAUUGCUCUGGCUUUGUCUGUGCUGUUCGAUCAGGUCGCUCAACAGGUUCGGGCGCAAGGAUCAGCGCAGGUUUGGCUUUCAACCCACAGAUCCCAGCCUAAAAAGAUGUUUGGCAUCAGCACUUCCUCUAGAAUUGGGUGGAUCAUUAUGAGCUACCUCCAGGUAAUCCCUGGCAUUGCCAACGAUGAGGAGAAAAUGGCUGAGACCACAGAGCUCUAUGACCAGUGGCUGAAACUCGAGCUUCUUGACCAUUACGAGAGAAUGACCACGAAGAAGAGAAUGAGUUCGGUGGCCAUGCAGCAGUGGCUGGCCGGAGCUGCAAUUCAUCUGCACAUGAGAAUCCAUCAGGUCCGGUUGCAUUCAGUGCCACCAGGAUCUGUUGAGUCAUUGCGUCUCUCUUAUAAAAGCGGGUUAAAUCGGCUGGUUCAGGGCUACAAAGCCUAUCUACGCAAACACAUUAGGGAAACUGAAGCUCCAGGUCCAAAUAAGGCCAAGACCAGCACAGCCGGUGGACUAAUAAGACAAACAAACACAUCUAGGAUCAGCAAUCCCAUGAGCUACCACCCUUUUAACAUUAGCCUGCUUAGUUCUAAGAACUCAACUGAGAGAUAUAAUGAGACCCCUGCACCCAAUUCAGCUGCUGAAAUUUGUUGUAAAGGUUUGAUCAACAGAAACACACUCAACAAUUCAACGAGGAAUAGCACAGAGGAGGAAGCUGGGGCACUGGGUCUGUUAAUCAUUGAGCCAUGGAGCAAUGUGAGUCACAGUGUGCAGCAUCGUCCCUGUGAGUCUCCAGCCAUACAGCAAGCUCUGGUGGCCCGGAUUAUAAAUUCUCAGGACCUGGAUCAGAGCAGAAAGUUUUUCCUGUACCCUGAGAGAGUCUUCCACAGCCUGCUCAGACAGAGGGAUGACUUUGAGUUGAAAAGGAAUUAGACUGACAUGAAUAGUAUGCAAAUAAAUCUUUUUAAACUUUAUUUGUAUCGAUUUUUUUUUCAUUUCUAUUUGAAAGACUGUGUCUGUGGAUUAAAUAUGAAGUUGAAUUAAACUGAAAUGAACAUG